CAACACUAUCGGUGCUAUUGUCAGGAUCCGAAUAGGUACAUCAAUCAAUCAAUCAAUCCCAGAGAAGAUUACUUCGUUCUUGGAUAUUUCCCUGUGUAGUCAGUCAGCAUUAUCUGUGUGUACUUAGUCAGUCAGCAUCAAAUAUAUGCAGGAAGCCUGCAGCUGUAGAGGAAGCCAAAAGAAGGUCACUAAAAUGACGCGUCGUUCUUCGACUCGCGUGCCACUUCUAUGUGCUGCUGGCUUAAUUGCUGGCACUUUGGGUGCAAACCCGGUGAGAAGAAUCGUAACUUUGUUGCAGGAUAUGGAGAAAGAAAUCACGUCCGAGAUGGAGUCCGAAAAGGCUAUGUACGCCAAGUAUGAAUGUUACUGCAAGAAGAACGAUGGGGCCUUAAGUAGUCAGGCAGACGAGGCAAUGGCAGAAAGGGAGAAGCAGUCAGCAAUAGAAGAGCAGAAGAAAGUAAUUUCUGAUACUCGUAAAUACCUGUUAUCGCUGGAACAACAAAAAAGUGUUAUUACAGAUGUUUGUGAUGGCUCAUUGAGCCCGACUAUAUUUGAUUACCUGACAAGCAGGAGAUAGAUAAUUGCCCAAGUGAUUAUUCCUGUGCAAGUAUCUCUCACUUUCUUAUGUGCUACCAUAUGCACAACGUAAACGCUUCUUCUUGUCCCUCCCCACUACAGGGCGAGAAGAAGCGUCUCGGUGAAGAGCUGAAGCAGCAUAAGAAGGACCGAGAGGCAGCACAAAAAACCCUGAAAAUGACUGUGGAGGCUGAAAAGGAGCGCAAUGCCGCAUUCGAGGCUGACCAUAAGGAGUACCUGGACACCAUCAAAGCUAUGGAAUCUGCCAUCAAAGCACUGAACAAGGGCAUGGGCAAGAGUUUUCUCCAAUCAGAACAAGCACUGAGCCUGAAAAAAAUCAUGCAGAACAGUAGACUACUAGCUUCAACUUUACAUGCCGAUGAGGAUGACCAACGAGCCGUAUUCGCCUUCCUGAACAAGGACUAUGCACCUGCGUCGGGUGAGAUCGUAGGCAUUCUGAAGCAGAUGUUGGAUCAGAUGAACGAAGAUCUAGGAGGCGCCUUGGACGAGGACAAAAAAGCAAGGGAAACGUUCUUGCAAAUGAAAACGGCUAAGGAGACCGAAAUUGCGGCGUUGAGCCGUAAUAUUCUUUCAUUGUUAUUCAUAGAUGUUGUUCUGCCCGUCUUUUUUAAUUUUGUUGUUGCUCAACAUACGAUCUUGCAUUGAAAACACGUACUUAUCUCAAAUCCACAUCGAUCUCUCACCAAGAGGACAUGCUUUCCAUCAAUCUCGUCCCAACAGAAAUGAUCGAAGAGAAGACCGAGUUGAAAGGCAAGGUUGCGGUGGAGAUCGUUAUGGCCCUCAAGGCUAAGGAAGAGGCGAUCAAGCAAUUAGGCGAUGCGCAAGCUUUUCUAGUCAAGCUCAAGGAGAUGUGCUCUACCAAAGUGGAUGAGUACAAGGUCCGAGUGGAGGAUGCGCAGCAGGAGAUUGCGGUACAUUUCAUAGGCUAGGACAAUUUUUAUUAUAUAAUACUACUAGAGUCCCCUUUCCUUCAAUAAAGAUUUUUCAAGAUGCAUGAUUUUUCCCAAAUCUAAAUUUUCUAAAGAUUCAAAUUUUCCAAAUCUCUUUUAAUUUUUCCAUCCUACGGUAGACUCCGCCCCCCAUACUUGCACCUGACAACAGGCCAUCCAAGAAGCCAUCGUUGUCUUGAAUGACGAUGAUUCUCUCGAUAUUUUCAAGAAGGCUGACCCGCGAGCCUUGACCCAAGUUUCGCUUCUGCAACGUGGAAGCUCAGUCCGAAGCCGCGUUAUUGAACUGCUGGAAAGGACCGCAGCCGGAGCAAAAUCGGAGAAAGCAGCCAAGACUCUGGCGUUGAUGGCCAACACAGCGAAGCAGAUGCUGAGUUAUGGACACAGGUUUGAUGUUGGUCAAACUACUCGUCCACAGUGGUUCAUAUACAACCAAGUCGAAAAUGGAAAUAUUCAUAUGUUCUAGUACUUACUUUUUUUCUCUAGUAGAUCCCCUUCCUCUGACAUUCUUUCUACCUUCCCUUUCUCCGUCCUAUCUCAUCCUGUUACUAUCCCUCGAUUACUCUAAUGCCUAUCGAAAGUCGACUUCAGCAAGGUCCUUGUCAUGAUCGAUGACAUGAUUGCACUUCUCAAAGAAGAAGGCAAGUCUGACUUAGCUUCUCGUGACCAGUGCACUGCUGAUUUGGCCGAAAAUGCGGCUGAUACUAAGGAAAACAAGCACGCUCUCACAGCCGCCAACGAGAAGGAUAGUGAGAUGACGGAACUGAUCGCAGCGAAAGCAGCUUUGAUCGAGGAAAACACAGCGCAUAUUGCGGAAUCGAAGAAGGCGGUUAGUUAUGAGAAAUAGGCGUUACAUCAUGGUGUUCUUGCACAUGAAAAUCAGUAGGACUUCUAAGGGACACCUGCAUUUCGCCUUUGUCCUUUUUGUCUUACUGUCUGAAAUCAGCUCUCUUUACGCCUUAAUUCAACUACAAGUCACAACUCAUAAUAAUUUCUGUGGUUUUUUUAAAUUUUUUAGACCAACCGCGUAGAAAAUUGGUGUCGUCAUCUCCAUCUUCCCUUUUCUGUAAAUGCUUCUAAUUUUCCGAAGCCACUGCUCAGCGCAUGAAGGAAAACGCCGACUACGUUGCCGCCAUCGACCUCAAUACCUCUGCCGUGCAGUUGAUCGACAAGGCUGUCAACGUCCUGAACAAGUAUUACAGUCCGGCAUUGUACAAGAAAGCAGAGCAACGUGAAUUGUCAAAGGAAGAGAAGAUCCUUCAGGCAUCUGGUCAAGACAUUGGGGACACCACGGUUGUGAAGCCUAUUGCGGGAACGUCGCAGACACAAGCGUUUUUGGAGAAGAAGAUUAUGGAAGAAAUUGAUGAGGAGAUUAUUUCUGAUGCAGGAUAGUUCUGGAUAUGACAGUUCUUCUGGAUAUAAUAUGACGCAAUUAAUAUGUGCAUCAUUAUAGUAAGUACGUCUCGCCAAGCUGGCGCACAGAGCGUUAUAGCUGGAGUGAGGCCCCUUGAAAUCUGAAAACGUCCAUCUUGGUUAAUCACAAAUGACAAUCUCUGUUUUUCUAUCAGACAGUAUCUUUCUUUUACACCUCUUCACCUCCCACUUCUAACACCCCUUCCUCCUUUCUGCAGUUGAGCGCAUCGCAAGUUGUUGACCCGACUGAAAGUGCACCAGAAAUCUUUGAGGGUGAACGCAAGAGCAAAAGCCAGAAGAGCAACUCUGUCGUUGCGUUGCUCCGUAUGCUCCAGAAUGACAUCAAGAAGGACUCGGCGGCUGCCGAGUCGGAUGAGAAGGUACUACUGUUUUUAGUGUUCUUGGAGUCGGUAUGUACUGGAAAUUGUAAUAGCAUGAUCAUAAGGUCACCACGUUUUUCUUAUCAUGCUGUAAUCAAUGGGAAUCUUCGUCGAUUUCACCGUCCCAUGUUCCACAUCAUCAGAAAAAGAAACCACACACACACUACUUGCUCCUCAGGUCGCACAAAACGACUACGAAAAUUUGACCAUGGAGGCCGCCAAACAACAAGCUGAGUGGGGAAAAUCUACUGCCGAUGCCACCUCUGCCAAGGCUGGAUUUGAUUAUGACUGAUUGAAUCUUGGUAAUCUUGAAGGAACUGCGAUAGCUACACAAGAGGUAACAUGACAUGACAUGAAACAAGCAUGACAUUGAAUCUUGAUUUAGGUAACUUGGAUUAAUUUAAGGAUAAUUUGAAUGAUUCUUAGAUAAUUUAGAUUUCUGUAUGCAUUUUUCGAUGGUAGGUUCACGAACGGAGCGCAGUGUUGCCCACGUUUAGAAGACAGCAUCAUGGCUUUUAGAUAAUGUAGAUUUAUUCUGCUAAAUUUUACUGUCCUAUAUCGAUAGCACCACGAAACCUUACUGCCCCAUAUUUUUAACACCAUCUUUACCACCCACACAACUUAGAUGAAGAGACGAGCUUCCGAUAGCUCAUUUGUAAAACAACAACAACAACAACAACAACAACAACAACAACAACAACAACAACAACAACAACAACAACAACAACAACAACAACAACAAGCUACUUCUAAUGUCCAGAGGAGCUGCAAAAAGCUGAGACGAGUGGAAGCGUCCACGAGCUCGAGUUGGAGCAAUUGGGAGAGAGUCUUAGCGCCCUCCAUGCUAGCUGUGAUUUAAUCUUGUCUCACUUCGACGAGCGGGAGGUGAAACGUGAGAACGAGAUUGAUCACCUUCACAAAGGAAAAGCAAUCCUAAGUGGAGCUUCGUUCGAGUAGAGGGUUUUUGGGAACGCACUGAGGUGGACUUUUGAGAUCGUACUUUUGAGAUCGCACUAGUAACUAAUAACCUCAGUAGAUGAAAUCUUCAUAGAUGUUCGGGAUGUACAGAAAUUGCAGACGCACAUGCGAAAUCUAAAUCCAAAGAUGAGAUGACACUCAUUUUUAGAGAAAUAGCACAGUUCAAUAUUGCAGGCAUGAUGAGUUUGUGAGGGUUUCAAGCAUGAUCAUAAUAUUUAAAUGUAUCAUGGUUGAUAAGAUACAUCCUGUUUGUUUGCAUAGCAUUUCUUCACAUUUCUUCAAAUCUAUGUUUCUUUAGUUGUCCCGUAUCUCUUCCAUAAUUUAAGAGUGAGUGUUUUCGUACCUCCAUAGACAUGAAGGUAGCGUCAGCAUCAACGUUUUUUCUCCUUUGUCUUCCUUUCCUUUUUUUUCGUUUCAUUUCAAUUGAGCACACGAUACCGACACGGAUUUCACUCACGACACUAAUAUUCAAUUCAUGCUGUAGCAGCACUAAACAAAGAUGAGUAUCCAAAUUUGAGCCAAGAUUCACAGGCAGACAACAUGCCGCGGAUGACACAUUGUUUUAUAGUUUGAGCAAUAUAGAUGACGAGGAGGAAGAAAGAGGUAUCAGAUAGAGACUGCAAAAGACUACUAUAUUAAGGCGGAGUAAUCGUUUGAGUAGGAGUGCUAGAGGUUUCUUCGCACAGUGGGGCCAAUGUAGCGCCCAUAGAGCACGCCAUGCGGUUUUCAGGUGGCACAACACACUAGGAUAUCCACUGAUGUAUCGCAACUUUCCGGUGCAGACAGUCUGUUCUUCCUUCGGUGUUUGAAGGGAAUACAGAACUCAUCAAAGUGGCAUGAGCUCACACUAAUUUCCAGAUCUCGUAUUCAGCAUGUUGGUGCACCGCCAAAAGCUUUGCACUCUACUCUUUUGUGUGAACAUCAAGACUAGAGCAAGACUAGAGAGUCACACAUCUGUCAACCUUAAUUCUGUAAAACUGAGAAAUAGUAC